GGAAGUUUGAAAUAAGAAGGGUAUUUUUGGAAGAAUAGAGAAAGAUUGGUAUAUUUUUCCUAUGUGUUAUAAUUAAGUAUAAUUAAAUACCAUGUUCCCUUUUUUUAGCAUGAAAUGUCAAAUUUUCCAAUAAAAAUACUAAUAUUGGUAAUAUUUGUUAGGGAUAUACACAUAUAAUUAUAAAGUGUAAACAGUGGAAAUAAUUUGCGGCCGUGUUCGGUGUAUUCGAUAAUAACUCUUCUCUUCGCCAUACCCAAACACUUGUUCCCAGGGAUCUCCCUAAACUCACUCUCAAACCCAUUAACCGCUUUUCUUGUCUACAAUGGCCAGGGACAGUUGUAUGACUCGUGUGGCCGCCGGAGUCGCAGUCGGUGGUGCUGUUGGCGGCGCUGUUGGCGCUGUAUAUGGAACAUACGAGGCUAUUAGGUAUAAGGUCCCGGGACUACUGAAGAUUAGGUAUAUUGGACAAACAACACUUGGUAGUGCAGCUAUUUUUGGUCUGUUUUUGGGUGCUGGGAGCUUAAUACACUGUGGGAAGUCCUAUUAAGCUAUUCGUUUUCCUUUCAUUUUGGUAUACCAAAAAUAUAUCAAUGUUCUGUUAAAAAAUUUCUGGUUUCUACUUUCAAUAUCACAUCUCAAAUACACAGAUGUUGAAUCAGGGUGAAUUAUCAGUUCUAUGUAAUCUGUUGUUUUUUUAUGGGUGCUUGCGUAAUUUGGUAGCCA